GCGCUCAUGCGCAGUAGGCCUUCUCAGAGCGCGCGGGACGGACAGAAGGGUCGGGAAGCACCGGGUGCUGGGAGGACGUGCGGAGACCGGCAGGUAUAGGUGAAAGCAAUGGAUAAUGACUUCACUCCUGCACUCACAUCUCCAUACCUCACUGAAAGUUUAGAGCUGGCUAUGGAAGUGGAAAUGGAAAACUCCAGACCACCUUGUUUUUCCUGUGCUUUAGAUAGCCAAAAUGGAGGGAGACACUUCUCCGGAGAGUCUUAUCUAGCAACUGGGUCUCUUAAGAGGCUUCUGCUGAGACUGGAUCCUUCUCCAACUGACUAUGAAGAUGAUACUGUGGAAAUAUUUGGCUUUCAAUGGGUCACUGAAACUGCAUUAGUUGAAUCCUGCCGACUUCUAUUUGGCUUACUGAGGCAAAAAAUAUACAAAUUGGAAAACCUAGUACAGAUGAGUUCAUCUGACUUCAGUCAUGCUGCAAAUUUGCAUUCUGAAGCAGACAACCUCAGGCAUCAGUGCACUGAAUUUUUGCAGUAUGUAAAGGUUUUCAUCUUUAGGUUCCUGGAACCACCAAAAGCAGAGGAUGAUGGGCUACUACAUCCAUAUGAAGAACUGGAAGCCCAGCUGCCUUCAAUGCUGGUUGAUGAGCUUCAUGCCUUAACUUUGCAUAUUGGACACUUACAUGAACUCCACUGUAGUAUCCUGGGCACAUUUACUAUUCAACCUCCAGCAAAGCUAUUUCCCCCAUCAUGGCAUUUACUCCAUCUCUACUUGGAUAUCCAUUGGCAAGUACUGGAAAUUCUUCAUGUCCUAGGCAAGAAGAUGCCAGGGCAAAUAGUGUAUGCUCACCAGUUUGGAAACCAAACAGAAGGAAGUUUUACUUCUACUAGUUUAUUUGAUGCACACUGUGUAAACCUCAUCUGUGAUCUGAUAAGCAUGUCCAUCAACAAGUAUACAAAGGUCAGACCAUCUGAGGCUCUAACUAACCAUCACUACCCUUGUACCUGCAUUAAGGAAUUAUGGGUUCUGCUUAUCCAGCUUUUGGAUCACAGAAAUAAAGUGUCUCAUCCUGAGAAGACUUUCUGGAGCUUGAUGAAUAAACUUCUGAAUAAUCUCCUUGAAAGAUCUAGUAGUACAGAAGGGAGACUUGGUUUUGAGUCACUUCAGUGCAAAGAUCCGUUAAGUUUUAGCUGGUGGAUUAUUACUCAUCUGGCAUCACUUUACCAGUUUGACCGUAAUGGGUAUCUAGAGGAAAAGAAACAAGUGGAAUCCAAUGAGGUAAUGGUGGAAAAACUGGUGAAAAGGUCUAUUGAUACUCAAACUGGUGUGUUAGAGGAACAGUUACGCAUGCAUCUUCAGUGCUUCUUGAAUCUGUGCAGUUUCUGGAACUUGAACUUAUCUACUGUUACCAUACUCUGGGAGUAUUACAGCAAGAAUCUGAACAGUUCCUUCACCAUUCCUUGGCUUGGUCUAAAGGGUUUAGCAAAUGUUAAUAAAACCCCUUUGUCAAUGCUUGAGUUGGUGAAAAGUUGCUGUGGUGACCAGCAGUGCCCUGACCUAUACAAGUCCAGCAAUAGUUACCUCAUUUUUCUCUGCAUUUUGGCAAAAAUAUUGAAAAAAGCAAUGGAGACCAGUGAAAUGCACUUCUGGAAGCAAAUGAAGGGAAGAAUUUACUCCAAGUUCCAUCAGAAAAGAAUGCAAGAGCUGACAGAAGUGGGGCUGCAGAACUUUUUUAACCUUUCCCUUGUGUUGGCGACUAUAGCAGGCACAGAAGAUAUUGUAGGUAGGGUGCUAUCUCUCCUGAGUGUCCUUCGCCCAUCUUCCAUCAGCACUUCCCAGAAGGCUCUCAUCUGGAGAGGCUAUUUUGCCUUCCUUUUGUUGUACAUUGAGAAGAACUUGGAUAUUCAUGUCCUUGCUGAGAAACUCUCAAAUGCUUUCCGUGAAACAGCCAGGGAGUUCUUGGUAAAUAAGAAUGACUAUACUCAAAAACAAAAUCUCUGGAUACUACUUUCCACUUAUAUUGAUGGAGUCCAGGAAGUGUUUGAGACCAGCAGCUGCAAACACCUUUCCCAGGAAAAGUUGCUGAAUGAUGGAUUUAGUAUGAUGCUGCCAGCCUGUCGAGAAGCUGAGCUCAAUACCGUCCUGAACUUCCUUCAGGUUGUUCUGGCAAGGCUUGGGAGUGUACACAAAUGUGCAAGUCAGGGGCCUCAACGAGGAAAUAUGGGCCCAAACGCACAGCUUCCAUUAGUGGCUAAAGAGCACCACCUUGCUGUUGCCAGUGCUCUCUGGAGAAAUUUCUUUCCAUACUUGAAGAGCCAGAGGAUGUCACAAACACCCCAUUCCCCACAGCUUGCGGAUACAGCUGCAGCUUUUACUUUGUUAGCUUUGGACAUGCCCAGCACUGCUCCACCAGAUCUCCAGCCUCAGCCUGUUUUAUCAAUGAUGCAAUUGUUUGGAUGGGAUGACAUGGUAUGGCACCAGCUGGUAUCAAGAUAUCUAAGUCAUCUAAUACAAAACAGUUCAUUGUCCGAGGCUUUUUCUGGUGCGAGUCAUACACCUUAUGAAGCCUUGAUAGUGCGUUCUUGGUUUCGAUGCAUUUUACAAAUGUUCAUUGAUCAACCAAGCGGUGCCUUGGCCAGGACAGAUGGUGAACAAACAGUUGGGAAAGUUUAUAUGGAGCAGCUGACCGAAAUGACAAGGUUGGUUUUUAAACUCUCUGAAGUAGAAAAUGUCUUCUCAAAGGCUCAUAUUGAUGAAUCAUUCGUCAGGCAAGACCCUAAGAAUGCACUUGUCCAAUUCAUUAAGGCUGUUGGUAAAACUUAUGGUAGCCUUCAGACUCUACCUGAGAAAUCUGCCAUGGUAACAAAGGCUCUAGAGUACUUAGGUGAUGUAAUAACAUACGUAAAACCUUAUUUGAAGAAAAAAGGACCAGCUGAAGGGCUGCAACUCAUUUACUGGAUUAUGGGAUGCCUUGUAAAGUCCUGGGCACUGAUACUCGCUACUUCUAAAGCACAACCACUCCUGUUCCGCAUCAUAGACUGCCUGCUAUUGCCACAUGCUGUUUUUCAGCAAGACAAAGGGCUUCCUACAGAUAUGCUGUCUGCCAUUCAGGAGAGUCUUCCUCUUUAUCUUCAGGGUUUGUCUUUUAUAUGCUGUCAGUCCCAAACUCAGGGGGCCUACUUAAACCAGCAACUAGGGAGCAUUAUUCAACAAUAUUUUGGACGUUUUCUCCCCCCUUCACCAUCAGCCUCAGGCAUUGGACAGCACCCCAUGCUGCCAGCACUGUGUCAUUCCACUAACACCCCACAGACUUUGCAUCUGCGGAAGACUACUGCACAUACCAUAAAUGAAAACUACCUGCAGUUCAAAGGUAACGCUCCACCUCCACGUCUGGCCUCAGUUCUGGCUUUCAUUCUUGAAGUAUUCCUAAGAACCAAGAACAUUGAAGUAUGUGACAUUGAAUUGCUGCUCCCUGCUGUGUUGAAAUGCUUAGUAUUUGUUAAUGAACCGCAAGUUAAAAAAUUAUCUACAGAAAUUCUGCAGUACAUAGUAGAAGGCUGCCAAAUGAGGUCAGGAGGAGAGCCUGCCACCCAGCUGACUUCGGUGUUUAGGCAGUUUAUUCAGGACUACACCACAGUAUAUGAUCAUCAGGUUUUCAGCAUCCUAGAAACAGUGGCUAUUUUGGAUCAGAUGCUAGUUAUCAGCCUGAUUCCCACAAUCACUCAGUCUCUGAAGGAUUCAGAGCAUAAACAAGGGCUUGGCAGAAACACUGCACAGAGAAAAGCCUAUAAAAGACUCUUAUCUCACCUCACAGCGGCUGGACAAAAUGAGAUACUAAAACUGGAAAAUGAGACAAGUUAGCAAUGUGGUGGUGAUAUAGCUCUUUCCCCAUGAAUGUUUGCACACUGUCCCCGCCUGGAAUAAUCCUACAUUGUACACAAUCCAAGUUCUUUAUCUUUGCAAGUGGAAUCUAUUCACCUAUUUAAUCUUUUUCAAAGUUAUAAGCUGCUCUUCCAAUAACUUACAUAGCAUUUAACUAUUAUCACAGAUGGGAAGAUGAACUCCCAAAUAUUUUGUCUUUCAACUGAUAUGUAAAUUCAUUAAAUACUAGAAACAUCCAUAUUAAAUAGAUAAGAGUCUUCUGUGACCUAUUUGGUGCAUUUUCAAAUGCACCUGGCACCAAUCUAAUUAAGAUUCAUUGAGUUUUGUACUUCUCACAAUGCGUUUUUGAAACUCCCUACUAACUGUGUUCUAUAGAAAAUGUUAACAUCCAGUUUUCUAUUGGAAAACUUGUUUUUGCAGACCAAAAGAAAGCAUGUUGUGUAGAAAUGUGUAGAACUCUGGGGAGGGGUCAGACUGUAGGCUUUUAUACCCAGCAGUCGGUGUAUGAUAUUCAUACAAAGACAUUCUGUGGCAGUAUGCCGAGCUCAGUGAGUGCAGCACAUUCCCCAGGAGCUGGGUCAGGGUCAGGUCAAUGUGUUAGAGCUAUCUUAUGUUAACAGAAGGGCUUGUAUGUAUAGAAUGGAGACAGGUGUCGUAACCUUGCUCCUGUAUUGAAAAUGUUCAGGUCUUGCAAAUUCCAACCUAAAAACCUCCUCUCUGCUGGGUGGGGAGGUUGUGCAGAAAGCAAGUUUCAGGUUCUUGAAUAAUAAGAAGCUCCCCGACCCUGACUGAAUAGUAAUUUCCCUGGAUUUAAAAUAACAAACUGAAAAAUCUUGUAACCUCCUCCUCCCCCCCCCCCCCCCAAAAAAAAAUGUACUAGGAUUGUAAGGUUUCUUGAUGUGUGAACCUCAUUCUCUGCAGUUUAAUUUAAAAUGAGUGUAAUGGGAAGAUGGAACUUAUUUCAAGAUCUUAAUCACCAUGUAAGCCUAAACUGUUAAAAUGUGUGCACCAAGCAAGUUAGGCUUCUCAAAUAUUUUGGCGUCUUUGGUUAUCUCUUGGACUUUUCUCUAGUGAAAUCUACUUUUUCCCCUCCAAGUGCCUUUAAAACUUUAUUUAAGGUGCUGUUCAAUUUUUCACUUGACUGAAUAACCCAGAUUUUUAAGACUUCUUUCUGGACUGUGAACAUGGUAAGUGUGCACCUCCUGGCAACAUCAGUGAACCACAUACCUACUUUUAAAGUUAUUCAAACUCUUAACUUUACAGAAUUAAUGGGAAGGAAAGGCUACUUUUGUGUCUAACAGCUUCAGCUCCAGAAACGUCCCUAAAAUCUGAUUCAGAGCAGCCUCUAUUUCGUUACAGUAAUCUUAUCAAGUAGAAACACAUAAUCUUUUCCCCUAAAUCAGCUAUCGUUACUUCAGAUAAUGCAGUAACUAAAAGCCUCUUUAGGCUACUUAAUAGUGUAGAACAUGGAGGUUCUUUUCAUUACGAAAGUGACUUAUUGAACCUGCAUUGUAGCUUCUUGUAAGCUUCUGCACCUGGGAGGAGUUUUAUUCAUCUCAAGAGGAUUUGCCUCCAAAAAGCGUUUUUAAAAAAGAAAAAAAACCUCCAAGUGAGAUUAAUAGAGAUGCCUUCGAAAUUUGAGUCUUAGCACACAGUAGAUAACAGAACAGAUGUCUGACUGUAGUAUCACUUCCUGAAAGUAAAGCCUUUGACUUUUAAAGAACAGAUAGAGAAGAUAUUGUAACAAAUUGUUUAAUGAUGUGUUUAGUGGGGUUUUAAAGGCAUAUUUAAUACUGGCUGCAGUACCUAGAAGUUUUUAAAACCGCAACGAAGCUUUAUACAAAUGUAACACGGCUCUUAGUGCAUGAGAAGCUAAUUUAAACACUUUGGAAAUGAUCAUUCUUCUCCAUCAAAAAGUUAAAACAAACAGAAAUAAAGCAUUUUGCAUUAUCACAGUCAACCACUUGCAAAUGGGCAGUCUGGUUUGGUUUAAUAAUUUGGUAUAGGCAGGUGCAGAUGUGACUGAGUUUUGACAAUAUGAAUGACAAGGCUUAUAGAGUAGUAUGCAGGGUCAGGAUAUUCCACCAAAAUAUUUCAAUAGCAAAAAGCCUGCUGAACAGCUUGACAGCUGUGAAUCACUUGCACAUAGAGCUAUGAGCAACAGAGAUCCCAAACAAGCUAGACAGUACAUGGAAGAGGGGUUUAUGGGAACUCUCUGCAGUUACCCUCACAGUCCCCUUGAUUGUGGGCCAGCCUGGCCUAUGUGUUUGGUGAAUCAACUGAGCUAUAACUCUGAGUGGGAGCAAUGGACCACAUCUGUCAUACUUACCUACCAGCCCUGGUGUCCUGGCUUUAAUGAACUGAAGAUCCUUGUUAGUGCUUUACCUUAAAAACUUCUAGGGCUGGCCCCUUAGGUGUCACAGCAGUGAGUAAGACAAUUUUUAACCUAGCCCGCCUCUGAAAUACUUGAGUGAGGAACGUGGGUUCCCCACAUAGUGCAUGGGGAAAGCUAGGUGCCUAAGAAUGAGAUCCAUAAAACCGUAAGCAUGGAGCUAGCCAAUGAUGAAAAGAGGAAUGAAGCGUAAGUCUUUAGUGAUUGGAUUCCCAGGAUGAGGGAAACCUAGUUUCAAUUCCUGCCCCAGCCUGAGGGAAUUCAAACUCACAUCUUCCACCACCCAAAAAGUGUCUUAACCACAGGACUACAGAUAUUCUGAUGUGAUGUUCACUCCAACAUAUCUAACUGCUUGAUAAUUUGGUCCUUUUCCUGCGAAGUGAGACAUGGGUCCAAGCCCUAGCUCCAAAUUAGGCAGAAUGGUGAUUUUAAAAACAGGCUUCUCCUCUCCUAGAUAAAGAUGCCGUAACCAUUGGGCUUUGCAAUAGACUUCACCCCACCCUGCCCCAAAAUGUCUCAUUCCUCUCUGUCGUGUGAGGUUCAAUCUGGUGGGUGUUCUCUGAAAACCUGAGUGGUUGUGCCUGGAGCUAGCAACAGAAACUUAAGUUACUUGAUGGUAACUGAAGAGGAUCUCAUUGAUGCCUAAACAUUGAAAUGAGGCUUUUAGGUGGCAGUUAGACACCCAUUAUCACUUGGUAAAGCUAGGCUGUAAUCCUCAAUGCCACCUUUGUUUUUUUUACCAUGGUUUACCCCUUUACAGUCCUCUUGUGGAACCACACUUCCCCAUUAACAGCAGUGCAAAUCCAAAGUGUAUAAGGGAGAGAAAAGUUCUCUGGAUUGCAUGUUAUACUGCUCAAGUAAUUUUCCCUCAGGGGUUGAACCUUUAUAUCAUUUGUAACUUAUUUCCAUAAUCAAGAAGAAGAAAAUCCUGAGAGUCAGAUUGUAGCCAAGGUUACUGGUGGAAUUCAGAAGGAUUUUUGUAAUGUACUUCUAAACUUUGUCCAGCUCACUUUAUGAGAGCAGUAGUGACAACUAAGACAUUUAUGAUAUAAUUGACCACCACCUGCACAGAGAUGAUUGUAAUCACAUCUGCCAUAUUUCAUUGGAAUUUUGACAAAAUAUUAAAUCUCUGCUUAAAAGUUAUCAGGACUACUGCAGUGGCUCAUUAAAAGUUUUCACCAUUCCUUUUUCCUUGGGAGAGGGGAGGAGAGCUAGAAAAUUGGCAGAAGUGCUGCUGUCAGUAUUACAAAGGCCUCAUGUACACAUUUUUCUAUUUUAACGUCUGCUAUGGUACAGUUAGUAUAGUUCUGGACUCUGUGUUCGGCUUGUUUUCUCUCUGAAAUGCAUAACAUUGAUAACUUUAAAAAGGUCACAACAUUCAGAAUAUGAAUCACCUCUCUCUAUCAUGACUGUGCUAUAGAACGUGAAUCCUAGGCAACACAAGGAAAAGUAGAAUUUUAUUUUAUUUUGAAACCAAAUAACUUACUUUAAAAGGGGAAAGAAAAGAGGGCUGUUCAACUCUCGUCAAAAAAUUGUAAAUAUGUCAAUUUGUUAUUGAGAGCAGGAGUAAUGUAUUUUAAAUAUAUGCCUCACUUCCAUUUUCAUGGAAAAGAAAUCAAGGUGAGAAGGGGGCAUUUCAUAACAUAAAGUUAAUGAGAGCUCAUUAGAUAGAAAAAUGUACCCUUUUAUGCUAGCAUGAAGAAACAGACACAUGCAGAAGAAUAAGGCUUUGCACAGGAUUUGUAAUUAUACCAAACUUGAGCUACCAACAACAUGCGUGACUUUUUUAUGGUCAUUUAUGAAAACUUCCAUAACUGUCCAUCUAAAUGGGACUUUUCGCUCAGGAAAUAGAUAAUAGAUAUUACUGCAGUUCUUCCCCCACCUCUCUCCCUCUUCUGUAACCUCUAAAAAAAAUUUCAGUUUAGUCUAUAAUUUAUUAUUUUAAUAGUUAUCUCUGUUUUUUAAAAUGGGUGUAAUCAGUCUGUCUGGUAUCAAUAGUUAAAAAAAAAAUAAAAAAUUGAAAAUGAAAAAUCCAGAGCUGGGUCAAUAUGUCAUAGCAGAACUGAAAAAUUAUUUUAGAAGAGAUGGAAACAUGUGGCUAGGAGAUGACAUUUGUCAUAAAUGUCUUAGACCCAGGAAAAAUAAGGGAUGGAAUUGUUCUGUUGCAUGAGUAAAAAACAACUUUUAUCCAAGGCCGUGAUCCUGUACGCUGAUCUGAAGUCUUUGCCUGCCCAGAGCUCUCAUAAAACAAGUUUUAGGGCUGGCACUUAAUAACUAUAUUUGUUAGAUUGUCAUAACGAUAUAUCCAACAUAUUCUUCCCACAGACAGUGCUUGGAAAAGAACAACCUUUUAUAUCUCUACAGAAUGACACUAGAUUAUUUAUCCUUAUAUCAAAUUAAUACCUCAUAUUUGCCGAUUGCAAAUUGAUUUCCGUCUCAUCCACUUCAGUGGAGAGUUUAACAUGAAAUCAUCAUCUUGGUCCUGGCUUUCAUAUUGAAUUCUAGGUAUCAUGAAAACCUUUCACAGGAAGUCCUGUAAAUUAAACUUGCACGUUGUUGGUUUGUUCCAGUUGCUAUUAUUCGUACAAAUGUCUCUUAAAGAUGCAUAGCAUUAUUUUAUUAGAAAAUGAAAAGACAUUUCCUUAAAUUCAUUAAAGAAUUACAGAAGGCAGAAUACAUAAUCUUGUUAUGAUGAAACUUCCAUUUUCUGCAAUUGGUGGGAUGUCGCUAUAUAUUGCUUUACAUGAGCAAAGCUCCUGCAGAAGAACUUUGUAUUUUCAUUUCUUCAUGUAUUAUAAUGUAUUUUACAAAACCCCAGAAGUAGUUUUAAUCUGUUGGGUUCUUAUAUCACAAACUAUUGUAGCUUUGAUCAUCUUAUUGAAAAUGUCAUUGUAUAUUGACAUAAUUUCUGCUCCUCUCAUAAAAAAUGUUUUAUUUAGAAACAGAGUUACUGUCCCUGAAACAAAAUUGUUUAAGCCAUUUACGUAAUCUGCGUUCCAGAGUUCUUGCAAGGUCUUCCUCCCUGCAAACUCUUACUGCAGAUGAAGUGUUUUAACCUUCCCUUAAUUUAUUCUACACUCUAAUUUCCAGUAAACAGAUGCCGCCUCUUUUCGCGCUUGUUUCCACAUUUUCCACAUGCUGCCUGUGUUAAUUCUGCAUGUCUGAAUAUUCAAUUAUCUAUCUCUUCCUGAUUCUGCAACUGAUGUACUAAAUGGAGGGGCUCGGGGUGGGGGGAGGAUACUUAAAGCCUAAAUAAAAAGAAAUGGAAUUAUA